ACCGCCCCCAACCACAUCAGUCUCAUCAUCUUCUUCCCCGUCAAUCUUAGUAAAGCAACACCAACCUUCACUCUCACUCUCACUCUCUCUCUCUCUCCUCUCUCCCUGUCUCUGUCUCUGUUUCUCUCUUUCUUUCUCUCUCCGCUUAAUUUAGCGGCUAACUCCUCCACUCUCUCUCUCUCUCUCACUCCCUCCCUCACCAACACUUUUGAUUUAUAAACCACGUCCAGAUCUGACUCUAAACACAGCAGAUCCAACCAGAACAACCAAAAAAUAAAAAAAUAAAAUGGAGGAAGCAUUAGAGCUCGCACGUGCGAAAGACACGAAAGAGAGAAUGGCCGGAGUGGAGCGCCUCCACUCGGUUCUAGAAAGUUCUAGAAAAACCCUAACGUCUUCGGAAGUAACCGCUCUAGUCGACUGCUGCUUAGAUCUCCUCAAGGACAACAACUUCAGAGUCUCCCAAGGCGCGCUCCAAGCUCUGGACUCCGCCGCCGUCCUCUCCGGCGACCACUUCAAGCUCCACUUCAACACCGCCCUCGUCCCCUCCGUCGUCGAGCGCCUCGGCGACGCCAAGCAGCCCGUCCGCGACGCCGCCCGGCGGUUCCUCCUCACGCUCAUGCAGGUCUCUUCUCCGACCAUAAUUGUCGAGAGAGCGGGGUCUUAUGCCUGGAAUCACAAGAGUUGGAGAGUGAGAGAAGAGUUCGCUCGGACUGUCACUUCGGCUAUCGCGCUCUUCGCCGCUACCGAGCUUCCUCUUCAGCGCGCUAUUCUUCCUCCGAUUUUGCAGAUGUUGUCUGAUUCCAAUCCUGGUGUUAGAGAAGCCGCUAUUCUGUGCAUUGAGGAGAUGUAUGCACAGGCUGGACCUCAAUUCCGUGAUGAACUUCAGCGCCAUAAUCUUCCUUCAUCCAUGGUGAAAGAUAUCAAUGCCAGGCUAGAGAGGAUAGAACCACAAAUUCGCUCUUCAGAUGGAGUUACUGGCAAUUUUGCUGCAGGAGAGAGUAAACCUGCAAGCCUGAACCCCAAGAAAAGUAGUCCAAAGGCCAAGAGUUCCUCAAGGGAGACAUCUCUUUUUGGAGCAGAAGGAGAUAUUACUGAGAAACCUGUAGACCCUAUUAAAGUAUACUCAGAGAAGGAGCUAAUACGGGAAAUUGAGAAGAUUGCUUCUACCCUUGUACCAGAAAAAGAUUGGUCUGUCCGAAUUACUGCGAUGCAGAGAGUUGAAGCCCUUGUUUUUGGAGGUGCUACUGACUAUCCAUGUUUCCGGGGACUCUUAAAGCAGCUUGUUGGCCCUCUAAGCAAUCAAUUAUCUGAUCGGAGAUCUAGCAUAGUGAAGCAGGCAUGCCAUCUAUUAUGCUUUUUGUCAAAGGAACUGUUGGGAGAUUUUGAGGGAUGUGCUGAAAUGUUCAUUCCGGUCCUUUUCAAGCUAGUUGUGAUCACUGUACUUGUAAUUGCAGAGUCUGCAGAUAACUGCAUUAAAACGAUGUUGCGUAACUGCAAAGUAGCCCGUGUGCUCCCUCGAAUAGCAGAUUGUGCAAAAAAUGAUCGUAACGCAGUACUUCGUGCAAGGUGUUGUGAAUAUGCACUGUUGAUAUUGGAACAUUGGCCUGAUGCACCUGAAAUACAGCGAUCGGCAGAUCUAUAUGAAGAUCUUUUAAGGUGCUGUGUUGCAGAUGCAAUGAGUGAGGUGCGAUCAACUGCAAGAAUGUGCUACAGAAUGUUUGCAAAAACUUGGCCAGAUCGUUCUCGCCGUUUAUUUUCAUCCUUUGAUCCUGUUAUUCAAAGGAUAAUAAAUGAAGAGGAUGGGGGCAUACACAGGCGACAUGCUUCCCCUUCCGUCCGUGAUAGAGGUGCACUGACAUCAUUUACCUCUCAAUCAUCUGCUCCCUCAAAUCUAGCAGGAUAUGGAACUUCUGCUAUUGUUGCAAUGGACAGAAGUUCAAAUUUACAGUCAGGGACAUCUCUUUCUGUUGGACUGCUGUCACAAACAAAGUCACUUAGUAAAGGUACUGAACGCAGUCUUGAAAGUGUCUUGCACGCGAGUAAACAGAAGGUCAGUGCAAUAGAAAGCAUGCUUAGAGGUUUGGAUUUGUCAGAGAAGCAUAAUUCUUCAACGCUUCGAUCAUCUAGUUUGGAUCUAGGAGUUGACCCUCCAUCGUCUCGUGAUCCACCGUUCCCUCCUGCUGUCCCAGCUUCUAAUCAUCUUACAAACUCUUUAAUGGCAGAAUCAACUGCUUCAAGUAACACUAAAGGUAGCAACAGAAAUGGUGGCUUAGUUUUGUCUGACAUCAUCACUCAGAUUCAAGCUUCCAAAGAUUCUGGGAAAUAUUCAUAUCGGGGUAAUGUGGCAACUGAGCCUUUGCCAGCAUUUUCAUCAUACCCAGCUAAGAGGUCUUCUGAAGAGAAUAAUGACAUAAGGGAGGCCAGGCGAUUUGUGAACCCCAACAUUGAUAGGCAGUAUGUGGAUACACCUUACAAAGAUGGGAACUUUAGGGAUUCACAGAACAGUUAUAUUCCCAAUUUUCAGAGGCCGCUUUUGAGAAAGCAUGUUUCUGGACGGAUGUCUGCAGGCAGGAGAAAGAGUUUCGAUGACAGCCAGCUGUCACUUGGGGAGAUGUCAAAUUAUGCAGAUGGUCCAGCAUCUCUAAAUGAUGCUCUGGGUGAGGGACUCAGUACAAAUUCUGACUGGUCUGCUAGGGUUGCUGCUUUCAAUUAUCUUCAUUCUCUGCUGCAACAAGGCCCUAAAGGUAUUCAGGAAGUAAACCAGAGUUUUGAGAAGGUAAUGAAGUUAUUUUUCCAGCACUUGGAUGAUCCCCACCAUAAAGUUGCACAGGCUGCUCUCUCAACACUUGCAGAUAUUAUUCCAUCUUGCCGAAAGCCAUUUGAGAGUUACAUAGAAAGAAUAUUACCCCAUGUUUUCUCACGUUUAAUUGAUCCAAAGGAAUUAGUUAGGCAAGCAUGCGCUACAACCUUGGAAAUUGUAAGCAAAACUUACAGUACAGAUUCUCUUUUACCCGCUUUGCUCCGUUCACUAGAUGAGCAGCGAUCACCAAAGGCCAAAUUAGCAGUUAUUGAGUUCGCUAUCAGUUCCUUUAACAAGCAUGCAAUGAGUUCCGAAGGCUAUGGUAAUAGUGGUAUUCUUAAGUUAUGGCUUGCUAAGUUGACUCCUUUGGUCCACGAUAAAAAUACCAAGCUUAAGGAAGCAGCUAUUACGUGCAUUAUAUCUGUUUACUCCCAUUUUGAUUCAACAGCCGUUCUGAAUUUUAUUCUUAGUUUAUCGGUUGAAGAACAGAAUUCCCUGAGACGUGCCCUUAAACAGCACACUCCUCGCAUUGAAGUGGACCUAAUGAACUUUUUGCAGAACAAGAAAGAGCGGCAGCGAUCUAAGUCCUCUUAUGAUCCAUUAGAUAUUGUUGGAACAUCUUCUGAAGAAGGAUAUAUUAGUGCAUCAAAGAAGAGUCAUUUCUAUGGAAGGUAUUCGGCUGGUUCUAUUGACAAUGAUGGUGGGAGGAAGUGGAGUUCUACUCAAGAAUCAACGCUGAUCUCUGGAAAUGUUGGCCAAACAGUUUCUGAUGUAGCUCAGGAGAACUUGUAUCAGAAUUUUGAUACUGGUUCUAACACUGAGGGUCUUAAUUCCAAAACCAAGGAUUUGCCUUACACGGUCAAUCCUACAGGUCAGAAUUUGGGCUCCUGGUCCACCCAGCUAGAAAAUGUUGACAAUAGCGUGAACUUGGAAGGUUUAUCUUCUCCUCGCCUGGACAUUAAUGGUCUGAUGAGCUCAGAUCGAUUGGGGGUCUUGGGCCAUGUUGAUGAAGCUCCAACUGAGUUGGACCUUAGCCAUUAUAAACCAAUAGCUGUAAAUAUUAAUGCUAUGCCGGACACAGGACCCAGCAUUCCUCAAAUUCUUCAUCUAAUAUGCAAUGGGAAUAAUGACAGCCCUGCUUCAAGUAAGCGUGGUGCACUUCAGCAGUUAAUUGAAGCUUCCACGGCUAAUGAUCACUCUAUUUGGACUAAGUACUUCAAUCAAAUAUUGACCGUUGUACUUGAGGUGUUGGAUGAUUCUGAUUCCUUAAUUCGGGACCUUGCGCUUUCAUUGAUUAAUGAAAUGCUCAAAAACCAGAAAGAUGCAAUGGAAGAUUCUGUUGAGAUAGUAAUUGAGAAGCUGCUUCAUGUUACGAAGGAUAUUGAUUCCAAGGUUUCAAAUGAGGCAGAGCACUGCUUGACUAUUGUUUUGUCUCAGUAUGAUCCUUUCAGAUGUUUAAGUGUUAUCGUCCCUUUAUUGGUUACUGAAGAUGAGAAAACUCUUGUUACUUGCAUAAACUGUUUGACCAAGCUUGUGGGCCGGCUCUCGCAGGAGGAACUGAUGGCUCAGUUACCCUCCUUUUUACCUGCUCUUUUUGAAGCAUUUGGAAAUCAGAGUGCAGAUGUUCGUAAGACUGUUGUUUUCUGUCUAGUGGAUAUUUAUAUCAUGCUUGGAAAAUCAUUCUUGCCUUACUUGGAGGGGCUUAACAGCACACAAUUGCGGUUGGUUACGAUUUAUGCUAAUCGAAUCUCACAGGCUCGGACAGGCACUGCAGUAGAUGCUAAUCAUGAUUAGCCAGUUGAUUCAGAAGGAUGUUGGUAUGGGGUGUUGGCUUAUUCAUUGUUGUGUAUUUUGUAUAUUGUGUGAAUGCAUUGCAGAGGCAGGUUUUCAUCUCUCCCCCACUUCGCUUAAUUUUUAAUAUAUAUUUUUAUCUACCAUUUUUCCCCCGGUUUGGUUGGUUUGUGGAAGUAGAGUGUUUUUGGUGGAAGCAAAUAUUGAAUUGUACUAUUGUGUCAAUAUUGUAAUCUACAUUUUUAGAACAUUAUCAUUUAUAUGGAAGGUUUUGGAAAUUUUUUUUUCC